AUGAUAUUUUACUUUAUAACACUUUUGGUAUAUGGGAAUAGCAUAAUAGUAGAUGCUAAUCUGAGAUGUGCUUGUUCUGAGAUUCAGCUUUAGGAAGAUUGCAAUACAAUAAUGAAUUGUAGAUGGGUCAAUUCAAAGUGUUAGGAUUAUGUUUAUGAAUGUUAAGUAAAUGUUGAUUCUGAUAUUAAAUCUUAUAUAUGCAAUUGGAAUAGUGAUUCAAAUCAAUAUGAAGCUUAAAAAUUUGAAUGCAGUUAAUUCAAAAGUUCCUAUGAUUGCAGAAGACUCAAACCACAUUGCUUCUGGAAUUCUACUGAAAUGUGUAAUACUUUUACAAGUUGUCCAGAUUACAAUCAAGAACAUUGUCCCAUUUAUGAUAAGGAUUGUUCAAUUUAGGAUAAUGCAUGCAUCGAUGGUUUGUAACCAUGUGAAAAUAACAAAAAUGAAUAAACUUGUAGAGGUGUUUAAUCUGGGGAGAAGGAAUGCUUAUGGAGUGAUGCUAAUUAAUGCAAAGGGUAGAGUUUAAUUGAUUGUACAUCACUUACAGGGUACAAAAUAUGCGAUGUAAAUCUUAUUGAAUGCAAAAAGAAUGGUUAAGGAAAUUGUGUGUCAAUUACUUGCAGUGAUAAAAAGUAGGAGAAUGAUUGUACAAAUGCGAGAAUUGUGAAACAAGGAUAAUCAACCUUUUAUUUAUGUGUUUGGAAUAAUGGUCAAUGUAUAGAAGCUACAAAUGCCUAACAUUUGAAUAAAGGAUCUUGUUCGAGAGAUACUGCUGCAAAUUAUAAAUGGGUCAAUGAUAAAUGCUAAGUUUGCUCCACACUUGAACCCAAGAUUUUAGAUCAAUAGAAGGAUGGCUAUGUGGAAUAUGAAAAUAAUAUUGUCAUUACAUACAUUUCAGCGUCUAUAUUGAGCAAACUUGCUAUUUUGUUAUUAUGUAUAGACUGA